AUCACAUUGGAAAGCAUGGCUACAUACAAGAUUUGGCUGAUGUCUCUCAUGAUCACAGGAGCGAUUCUAGCAGAUGUAAUCCCUGGAGUUACUAUAACAAAGACAGCGAUCGCUUGUCCUCUCUAUUGCUUGGAAGUAGAGUACAUGACAUGUCCUUCCUCUGGGGACGAGAAGCUGCCUCCGAGAUGCAACUGUUGUCUUGCUCCCAAAAACUGUACUCUCCAUCUCUCUGGUUCUACUUCUAUCCAUUGUACCAAAUGAUUUUAGAAACAAGUGUGUUCUAUUUCAUCUGUUCUGUAAUCUCCUUUUUCUUCUUCUUGCUUCUUUCUCAAACUUUAACAUCAAACACUUACAUGUAAUGGAUAUAUAAAGAGCUUGUGAGUGAGUAUGUACUGUAAGUUUGGCUG